AUGGAAUCAGGUUCCGCUAUAGGUAAACUAUUUUCAGAGUAAAUUUGUGAUUUAGGAGUUGAUAUUGGUUCAUCCAAGGCUGUUCUCGCUGCUGUCAAAAAAGGAGGUAUUGAUAUUAUUCUUUCAGACUCAUCAAGCAAACAAACCCCAGUAAUUAUUGCCUUCACUGAAGAAGAAAGACUUAUUGGAGAUUCAGCAAUCAAUCAAUAAAAGAAAAAUUUCAAGAACACCUUACAGUUCUUCCCAAGAUUUAUGGGGCUUAACACUGAUUGUGCUGAACAACUCAAAGAAGAGGAAAAGUAUACAACCUAUAAAAUUGUAUCUCUCGAAAAUAAGAAAGUAGGUUUUGAGGUCUCAAUUAGAGGCUAAACACAAAUAGUCACCCCAGAGCAAGCAGUUGCUUACUACCUCAAGAAAGUAAAGAAAUUCUAUGAGAUUUCCAAUAUCCUUUCAAAUGAUAUCGUGGUAACUGUACCAUCUUACUACAGCAACGCUGAAAGACAAUCAAUGCUAGAUGCUGCUGAAAUUGCGGGUAUUAAGUGUAUUAGACUCCUGAAUGAAAGCACAGCUAUCGCUCUAAACUAUGGAUUUUUCAGAAGACCAGAUCUACAUGAGAAAGAACCAAGAAUUGUCGCCUUUGUUGAUCUUGGCCAUAGCAAGUGCACAGUUACUAUUGCCAGUUUCUUGAAGGGCAAGAUGAAGAUUAUCAUUCACAAAAGUGACAGAAACAUUGGUGCUAGAAACUUCGAUUAUCUUUUAGUUGAUCUUCUAGGAGAUCAAUUCACUAAAAAAGUUGGUUCAGAUCCAAGAAAGAACAUCAGAGCUAGACUAAGAAUGCUAGAUAUCAUUGAAAAACAAAGAAAAAUCUUGAGUGCUAACAUCGAGGCAACUAUUCACUUGGAAAGUCUUCUUGAGGAUGAAGAUUUACAUAGAAACAUCAAGAGAGAUGAAUUCGAGCAAAUGAUUAUGCCAUACAUUGACAAGAUGACAUAAUUAUUACAACAGACUCUUGAACAAUCAGGACUCAAGAAAGAAUAAAUUCACAGCGUUGAAAUGGUUGGUGAGGCUACUAGAAUUCCAAUUGUGCAAGAAAGAUGCAAAGAAGUAUUUGGAAAAGACUAAGUCAGCAGAACUCUCAAUUCUCUUGAGUGUGUUGCUAGAGGUGCCAGUUUGUAAGCUGCAAUGCUUAGCCCCUUAUUCAAAGUCUCAGACUAUGAAGUUCAAGAAUAUAAUGAAUAUCCAGUGAGUAUUUCUUAUUCCUUCUUCCCAGUUGAUGGAGAAGAGACAAAGGUUGUAACUAAGGAACUCUUCCCAGUUGGAAGUUCAUUCCCUUCAACAAAGACUAUAACUUUUGAGAAUAAAAAGGGAGGCAUGGAUUUACUUGUUCACUAUACAAACGGAACUCCCCUUCUUCUAGGUAUUCCAACUUAAGUUGCUUAAUACAAAAUCAAAGAAGCUAAACUAAAGCACAAUAAUAAAUUCUCAUUCAUCUUGAGAGUUAGCAACAAUAUCCAUCAAAUACCAUGCCUUGAAUCAGCUGAGCUAUAAGAGGAAUGGGUCGAGGAGGAAAAAAUCCCAGUAAAAAAGGAUACUCCAGCCCAAGCAGCCCCAAAGACUGAAACUCAGCCAGAAGGUUAAGCUCCUACUCAAGAUCAGCCAAUGAAGGAGGAAGAGCAAAAGAAGGAAGCUGCCCCAUAACAAGAAUUUGAGGUAAGAAAAAAGAACAAAAAGAGCACUCACAGUAUUCAUGUUGAUUCCUCAUCCCACGCAAUUCCUCCAAACGUCAAGACUUAAUUUGUUCAGGCAGAAGCAGCUUGGUUUAAUGAAGAUGAGUCUAUCCUUGAAUUCAAGGCAGUCAAGAAUGAGCUUGAAUCAUUCGUUUACGACAUAAGAAACAAUAUCUAAGAGUAUGGAAACCUUGAGAAGUAUAUUGAUCCAGCAGUCAAAGGAGAAUUCCUGAACAAACUCAAUCAUGCUGUUGAUUGGAUAUAUGGAGAUGGAUAAAAUGCAUAAAAGGAUGAAUAUAAACAAAAGCUUGCUGAGUUCAAGAGUGUAGGAGUUCCCAUUAAGCAGAGAGCUGCUUUCUAUCAAGAUUUCCCCAUCUUUGUUGACCAGUUUAAAACAUUCCAACAGGAAGUCAAUGAUAAAAUAGCAACUGCUAAUAUCUCAGAUCAAACAAGAUCAGACAUCAUUAACAAGCUUGGAGAAACUCAUCAAUACAUUGAAACUAUUCUAUAAAGUAUUGCAAGCAAACCAGCUUUCUAAGAUUCAGGAUUCAACAUUGAUGAGGUUAAUUUCAAGCUAGAUGUUGCAAAAUAAACAAUAAAUUAGCUUUUCAAUACUCCACCUAAGCAAGAAUAACCAAAGGCUGAACAGCAACAAUAAGAGCCAUCUAAAUAAAAUGAUGUAGAGAUGAAGGAUGAUGCACCAGCUCCCUAAUGA